AUGUCCAGGGUCGCCGUCACUCAACUCGAUUGCCACAACGCUUCUUCCGCACUGCCAGAAACGAGUAAUUUCCGCUGCGCGUUCGACAUACCGACCACAAAGAAACGUGGUGCUCCGCAGUCUACUCCCGCUGAAGUUAUGGCGAAAGCACGUUGGCAGCAGCGACAAGAAGCCAAGGUGCAGUAUCAGCAUCAGUCAGUGGAUUUGUCCAGGAGUGUUAAUUCCUGGGAUGCGCCGCACACUUUUCAAAGGAAACAAAGCUACUUAACCCCGGAGAAGAAGAUUGGGUAUACGAAGGACAACAUGGAAAAGCUCACGGAAUGCCAAGAGGACCAGAGGUUCGGCCCCCACAAAACGCUUCGAUCAAUUGCUUCCACGACAGCCAGGCGUCGCUGGAGAAGACUGAGGCACGCAUUUCUGAUCUCUCAUUCCUCGCACAUCGCCUUGAUGGCUAAUUGCCCCGUAGUUGCAGGCACUUCACCAGUGGACGGGGAUACAAGUAAUGUUGACUAUAUGCCCGAUGCGAAGAAGUCUGCUGCCCAGGAUCUCUUGGACAUGAAGACUAUCAGCAACUUGAUUCUCAGUGCCCUUCGUGAGUAUCCUCUCUAUCGUGCCGCGCCUUCAUCUCUGCACUGGCCGCUUUCAGUUUCCAGGUGCUCGGCAAGUUUAACGUCUUUAUUUCGCCCAUGUCAUACAGCAUGGGCGAAGUCAAGACGUUGUACAAUGCUUGGAACUCUGACCAUACCCACUUCCGGCGGCUUUUCCGUGACGUGCUCAGACGUCACGAGAUGGAGAGCUUUGCUUGAUCCCUUGGAAGUCCCUGCUACCGCCGCCGCCGUUGGCACUUCUCGUAUCUAUGAGACUGCAUUCCCAGUCGCGGACGCCCCUGAGCGACUCACGAAGAAUCCCCGCAAAGAUAAGGGUACUCAGCACGGCCCUAAUGUAAGGACUAAGAACUGGAUGGCGGUACAGGCGGGGGCAUAG